GUUUCGGAGCAGGGAGUCGGCGAGGUGGAAGCGUCCUCGAAGGAAACCUUUAUUUGAUCUCAAAAUUCUCGGCCAAAAUGGAGGGGAAACGGAAGGCAGAGUAUAUGGCCGUGGCUGUACCUACCAAAAAGUCUCGUCAUGAGAUGGUGGCUCAUUCGGGGGAAAAAGGAACAGUAAUACAAAGUGGCCCACCUAGAACCAGUGGCUUGAUGGCACCCAUCAUGCAGCUCUCAGGCCACCAGGGAGACAUCCUUUGCGCCAGGUUCCACCCUGAAGGAGAAGUCCUUGUAACAGCAGGCAUGGAUAGACAGAUCUUAUUCUGGAAUGUGUAUGGCGAGUGUGACAACUUUGCCAUGCUGAUGGGCCACACCAACGCCAUCACAGACAUGCACUUCUCGACGGAUGGUGGUGCACUCUACACAGCCUCUGCAGACAAGACUGUCAUGUGCUGGGACACUACCAGUGGCACUAGGGUUAAGAAGCUUAAGGGACACAGCAGCUUCGUCAAUUGCGUCCACAGUGCACGAAGAGGCCCAAGUUUAGUGGUGAGUGGAGGUGAUGACUGCACAGUGCUCAUCUGGGACGUCCGAAAGAAGAGACCGGCAACGACACUACAGAAUACGUUCCAGGUCACGGCAGUUACGUUCAAUGACACAGCAGAACAAGUAAUAUCUGGUGGUAUUGAUAAUGACAUGAAGGUCUGGGAUCUACGCAAGAAUGGCUUGCUGUAUCGGAUGCGUGGCCACAACGACACGGUGACAGGCCUAAGCCUUUCCCCUGAUGGCUCUUAUGUGCUCUCCAAUGCUAUGGACAACACUGUCAGGAUCUGGGACGUGCGACCCUUCGCCCCCCAGGAGCGCUGUGUCAAGAUCUUCCAGGGACACCAGCACAAUUUCGAGAAUAUUCUGCUGCGAUGUGCCUGGUCCCCUGAUGGGCGCCGGGUGGCUGCAGGUUCCUCAGACCGCCAUGCCUACAUCUGGGACACCACUUCAAGGCACAUCCUCUACAAACUGCCUGGACACAAUGGCUCUGUCAACACGGUCGAGUUCCAUCCGAAGGAGCCCAUAAUUAUGUCUGUGUCCAACGAUAAGCAGAUCUACCUCGGAGAAAUAGAGUAAGUUUGUAGAAGAGGAAUUAAAUGAACUUAGUUGUCAAGAAUGGACAUCUGUGGCAAUUUUUUAUAUUUUUUAUUGAUAUAGUUCUGUUAUAAUGCUCCUCAUUGAAGGUAUGAAUGUUCAAUUGUAAGGUUCCCCCAGAAAAUAAAACAAAGAAAGUGUU